AUGGGACGCAGAUUUAAUCAGCAAUCUCGCAAUCUACCAGUGCCUCCAGGUUUAUUUCAUGAUAAAGUGUUUCUUUCACAGACACUUGGUUCGAACAUUUUCACAUCUGAUAGCAUCCCCUCACUCAGUUACGAGUUCGCCUUGAAUCCGCUUCUUCUUCUCCUAAUUUCUUUAGGAUGUCGAGAGUGUGAUAAACGUCUUCGAAAUGUGACAGAAUGCGUUGCAAAUAAGUUCCUCGAACGAAAGCUGAUCGGAAGGCGAAAAGUGAAUAAUGAAAAAUGUGUCAACUUCCUUGUGUGGGAGAAACGAUCGGAAGUCGCCUGCAAGGCCAAGGAGGUGAAAACUCAUUGCAAUCAGAAAACAGGCAUCGCCCAGACAACCACGUCUUGGUACACUGUGGAGAACUGCAAAUGCCGCAAGCAUGUGCUAAAAAUGGAAAAGCGAUGCAAAUGCCGUGAAGAGCCUCAAAAGGUGCGCACGUCUCGCUGCACCGGAUGUCUUCGAGUUCACCUUCUGCGCUCAGAGACCUUGACGCCAGAGGGCACCUGCCGAGUCGUCUUCAUCCGCGAAUCGGAAGUCUGUUGCUGCCCACUUCGACACAGUCUGGCGCCGAUCUGCGACCGCGAGAAGGGCCUUCUGCGACUGGGCACUCGGAACUAUCGUUGGAGCAGUGGCAAGUGUCUGAAACACGAUCACCUCUGGCAGAAGAUGAUCGUUUGCCCUAGACAAGAGAAGACGAUCUACAGACGCGAGCCGAACGGAUGGCUUCGACGAGUAAUGGAAUUCACUUCUCGCAUAGGCUGUAAAUGCGUUCGACGUCGCCAAUUGGACAUGUUUACUUUUAACUGGCCUGUUGGUGCUGCUGGCAAUGUUGGGCCUGUUUUGAGCUACUCUUGCUGCUUGCAGAUAGACAAAGACUUCCGGAUUAUGAUGGUACAGCAUUUGAGAUGCCCUUUGGCAUUUCUUUUUAUGGGAAAGUUGAGCUGA